UCACAUUUGUGUGAUUCACACAUGGCAUAUUCAUAUUCACAUCAUCUCCAACUAAAAAAACAACUAUUUUAACAAUUUUAACAAUAUUUCUACUCCGACAAAUUACAUCAUUCACACUGUAGGAAAGAGCUAAGGAUAACCGACUGAGUCAGGACAAUUUCCGGAGCAUCGAUUCAUGGUUUUCAGGAUGCCAUCUUUUAUUGUGACACUCGUUCGACAUGGUGAAACAACACUCAAUGUACAAAGAUUGCUUCAAGGGCAAACGGACGUUCCUCUUUCUUCUGUUGGAGUUCGACAGGCGGAAUUGUUGGGAAUGAGAAUGAAAACCUUGAAUCAAACAUUCACCAAGGUAUACAGCAGUGACUUAUCAAGGGCCCAUCACACAGCCCAACUCGUUUUGAAGCAUUCAGGAAACGAGGAUUCGGAAAUUCAGAAAGAUGUCCGUCUGCGGGAACGGUGCUUUGGAUCAGCAGAAGGGUCCCCUGCAAAAAAUCUUCUUGAAGAAGCGAAAAAGCACAACGUCCAGAUUCAUAACUAUACUCCAGAAGGAGCUGAAACAUCAGUAGAAGUAGCUCAGCGUGCAGCAUCUUUUUUCGACGAUAUCUGCAAACUUGCUGAUGAGCCAGGAGCAGAAAACGAGACCCAAAUUCUCGUCGUUAGUCACGGGGGAUGGAUUCAGUACUUUUUGAAACACCUUCACACACACGAAGCCAAGUAUAAUUUGGAAAACUUUGAUCCUUCUAAAGCCAUAACAAUUCACAAGAAUACGGCGAUAUCAAUAUUUUCCGUCAAUCGUGUGACAACGACUGACACUAAUGAUGAGCAAGAAGAAACGAAACGUUAUAAAAUUUUGUUCAGAGAUGUAAAUGAUACCAAGCAUUUACCAGAAUGAUGCUAAUAACUAACGAUUAACUAACAGUUAACUGAAAUAAAGAUAAGAUGUCUUACCAAUUUAA